AGCGCACUGGGUUGGAACAGAGUUGCUGAAAAACACCAGUCUACGGUCUCAAUGUUAAGGAUCAUGCAACAUACACCAGUUGUGUUUCUGCUUCUCUUGCACAUCCUUUGUGCUUAUCAAGGAAAAGGAGGUACCACAUCUCAUAAAUGGGAGGUCAAAUUCACCAGUCACCAUUUCUGUGCUGUGACUGGAUCAUCAGUGGUCAUGCCCUGCUCAUUCACCCAUCCUAUUGGUGUCAUCGUCACCAAGGUCUACUGGCGCUACCGACCUGACCAUAAUAAAAUAUUCACAGACAUCACAGCAGAUAAGAAUCCUAAAUACAAAGGACGUAUACAAUACUUUUGGAACAAGAACAAGAACAAGACGAACUGCACAUUCAAAUUGAGCAAGUUGAUGAUGUCAGACAACGGAGAGUAUUUUGCUAGAAUUGAAACAAAAGAUUCUAAAGAGAAGUGGCUGAGUGGACCUAACGUCACUUUGUCUGUUGAAGAACUUUCUGUUGGGAUUCCUGAACCAGUGAUGGAGGACAACGACGUGACACUGAGUUGCAACAACAUAUGCUCUUCAAAAGACAUCCCCUCAGUAAUAUGGAAAAAGAACGGACAGGAUUUACAUGUCAAACAGAAACACCACAAUGAACUCAUCUUUCAGAGUGUCAGUACUGGGGAGGAGGGCAACUACUCUUGUGCACUGAAACACAAUGAAGACCAUCCAUCCAAACCAGUGGAGCUUAAUGUCAUGUUCUCUCCAAGGGUCCCGUCUGUCUCUGUCAGUCCUGCUAGUCAGACACUAGAGGGCGCUUCAGUGACUCUGACCUGCAGCAGUGAUGCCAACCCACCAGUGGAGAGCUACACCUGGUUUAAUCGCAAUGGCUCAAUAGUUUCCAAGCUGGACACUGGAAAGUAUUACAACAUAGGGAAUGUCAGCUCUGAACACACUGGAGAUUACUACUGUGAGGCCAAGAACCUAUACGGGGCCUCCAAUUCUACUGCUUUUCACCUGGAUGUUCACUAUGCUCCCAGAAAACUGUCAGCGUCUCCAAAUCACUCUGGUGAAAUAGCAGAGGGCAGUUCAGUGACUCUGACCUGCAGCAGUGAUGCCAACCCACCAGUGGAGAACUACACCUGGUACAGAAGGACCGCAGCUGAAACAGUGCGUGUGGGUACAGGAGAGAGAAUCAACUUCAAUCUGACCCCAGACAGAGCUGGACUAUAUCACUGUGAGGCCCACAAUAGUGUUGGAUCCCUGAAUUCCACUGGAGUUGAAGUUAUUUGGUCUGGCUUCGGUUGGAAGACAACCACUCUCUUGUCAUCUUUAGGUUUUCUCAUAAUCCUCGCCAUGCUCAUAGGCUUCGUGUUUUGGAGGAGGAAGAAAGCAACGCCAAGUAGCAACUCCAGCAGCUCUGAUAAUAACACACAAUAUGUGGACGUGAGCUCCAGAGGACAGCAGGGGCCCCUCCACUCUACAGACCAGAAACUGGAGCAGGAGGAGGAGGAGGGGAUCAUGCAACAUACACCAGUUGUGUUUCUGCUUCUCUUGCACAUCCUUUGUGCUUAUCAAGGAAAAGGAGGUACCACAUCUCAUAAAUGGGAGGUCAAAUUCACCAGUCACCAUUUCUGUGCUGUGACUGGAUCAUCAGUGGUCAUGCCCUGCUCAUUCACCCAUCCUAUUGGUCUCAUGGUCACCAAGGUCUACUGGCGCUACCGACCUGACCAUAAUAAAAUAUUCACAGACAUCACAGCGGAUAAGAAUCCUAAAUACAAAGGACGUAUACAAUACUUUUGGAACAAGAACAAGAACGAGACGAACUGCACAUUCAAAUUGAGCAAGUUGAUGAUGUCAGACAAUGGAGAGUAUUUUACACGGAUUGAAACAAAAUAUUCUAAAGAGAAGUGGCUGAGUGGAUCUAAGGUCACUUUGUCUGUUAAAGAACUUUCUGUUGGGAUUCCUGAACCAGUGAUGGAGGACAACAACGUGACACUGAGUUGCAACAACAUAUGCUCUUCAAAAGACAUCCCCUCAGUAAUAUGGAAAAAGAACGGACAGGAUUUACAUGUCAAACAGAAACACCAGAAUGAACUCAUCUUUCAGAGUGUCAGUACUGGGGAUGAGGGCAACUACUCUUGUGCACUGAAACACAAUGAAGACCAUCCAUCCAAACCAGUGGAGCUUAAUGUCAUGUUCUCUCCAAGGGUCCCGUCUGUCUCUGUCAGUCCUGCUAGUGAGACACUAGAGGGCGCUUCAGUGACUCUGACCUGCAGCAGUGAUGCCAACCCACCAGUGGAGAACUACACCUGGUACAGGAGGACCGCAGCUAAAACAGUGCGUGUGGGUACAGGAGAGAGAAUCAACUUCAAUCUGACCUCAGACAGGGCUGGACUGUACCACUGUGAGGCCCACAAUAGUGUUGGAUCCCUGAAUUCCACUGGAGUUGAAGUUAUUUGGUCUGGCUUCGGUUGGAAGACAACCACUCUCUUGUCAUCUUUAGGUUUUCUCAUAAUCCUCGCCAUGCUCAUAGGCUUCGUGUUUUGGAGGAGGAAGAAAGCAACGCCAAGUAGCAACUCCAGCAGCUCUGAUAAUAACACACAAUAUGUGGACGUGAGCUCCAGAGGACAGCAGGGGCCCCUCCACUCUACAGACCAGAAACUGGAGCAGGAGGAGGAGGAGGGGUAUGCAACAGUCAAAAACACCACCCAACCUGACACAGAUUACCAGAACCUGAACCCCAGCACCACCCAACCUGAUUUAGUUUACCAGAGCCUCAACCCCAACACCAUCCAACCUGAUGCAGUCUACCAGAGUCUGAACCCCAACACCACCCAACCUGAUGCAGUUUACCAGAGCCUGAACCCCAGCACCACCCAAUCUGAUGCAGUUUACCAGAGCCUGGACCCCAACACCACCCAAACUGACAGAUUACUAGCCUGAACCCCAGCACCACCCAACCUGAUGCAGUUUACCAAAGACUGAAGACAAAUUCUAAUUCUACAUCUAAGUGAAAUCAAUGUGAUUUUUUGUUAUUAGAACUGGUGUAUGAUAAACAGCAUUUCACUCCAGUAUGUACUUUUGGGAAUACAACUUUUGUUUUUAGAUGUUUACAAAGCCUGACUAUCUAAAAUGUUUUUGUUUUAUUCCAUAGUCUGGUUAUAUUGUGUGGUUAUAUUGUUGUAUUAUUAUUUUUGAUCUAAACUUUCAUUUUUGGAAAUGGUUGAAGUUAAUGCUUGUCCAUGUUAUUAGCAUUCUUGUAUAGCUUGGUGAGAAGGUGGAGUUGUGUAUACGUAUCCACUCAAAUGUCUA